AUGGGCGAUGUUGUCGGGAUGACUAGCCUGAGAACUACUCGAGCUUUUAUAUCUAUUGAUGCUGUACACAAGCCCAAUGCUCGGAUAUACGUGAAUAGCUUGCAGGCCACCGACACUAUGAUCAAGAACGUAUCCGGGGAUCGUUGUGUUGCAGAUCAUACCUGGGCAAAAGGUGUGGCAGCGGACCCCACCCCGAGACUCUACGAUCGUAGUGGUGGAAACAACUCCGCCCCCGCCGAUAUACUUGUACUCUGGACAUUGAGACCGUCUCCCUCACGGUCACCUGGGUCGUUUCAAGGGAACGCCCCUAAGCCGGGACUCCGGAGGAUCUACUCCGUGCUGAUCUACUGGGAUCUUCUUCAGAGGAUCUGCCAAGAGGUGCCAAGCCAAGCACUAUCCCUUGACCAACCCAAUAAUGGGAUUUCCUGGUCGCCCUUCACCCUGAACACUGCCAACUUUGGCGGGGUUGUCCUUCAGAACCUGCGUAUGCAGGAGUCUAUGGGAGUGGACAAAUGA